AUGAGCGCCUAUUACAAAGAGAAGAAGCGAACUCCAACUCCUGAUGCGAGGACAGAACCAAUUUUGGAAAUCCUGCGGCGCCUGGAUACUUCGGGGACUGGACUUCUUCAACGUCAACGAUUGGUGAAGUUGAUCCACGGCUUGGUGCCAGAGAUGUCACCACAGUCCAUCGAAAUGCUGAUGGACUCCAGCCUCCAUGCAGAUCAGGUGAAUGUGCGAUACCAGGAGUUCAUCACUUGGCUUUUCGAAGGUGUCACUGCACUGCGCAGACCCAACGAGAACUUGGAAGGCUCUAUCUCUGUGGCAACCUGGAAUGUGGCAGCUGUGAACAACAAUCCAUUUGAGUAUUGGUUGGCACAUGAUGAUCCCAGUUAUGUCAACCUGAUGAUCGCAGUGGAGACAUGCCUCGCAUCCCCAUCAGAAGCCUGGGAUGUGCCCGUCUGCGAGAUCUUCACGGAAGAGAUGUUCCAAGAACUGAAGGACCUGAUGCUUGAACACGGCAUUCAUGGAGUGAAAGAGGUGGAGGAGUCCAUGUGGAGAGGGCCCGACUUGAGACUUCGUGAUAGACGAGUAGUGUCUGAAUUCAUCAAAGACAAGUCUUUGGGUUCCAAGCGGCUCAUCUCUAUGCCGGACCGAAUCACCAACACGGUGCAAGUCGUGACCAGAGCGCCCAGUGAGUACAAGCCACCGCCUGCUUGUCGACCAUCAGUCAUCAACAACUAUCUUGGUGAUCUUUCUACUCUGGAAGCCUGGUGGGAAUCAUGGAAGAGGUUCAUGUUCCUGGAGUCACUGGCGGUGAGGACCCAGCAGGGUGUGUCUAUUCGGCGGCCCUGCCACAUGUUGGAACCUAUACCCCGAAGCAAGUAUCCAGCGAUCUCUGAGAAAGAGGAGCGUCUCGCCAUUCCUCUUCAAAUCCUUUGCCAGGCCAUCUUUGAUGCAAUCCUCGUACACCUCAUGCACUACUGUUCACCAGAUGGGACAUGGCAAGUGGUGAAGAGCCAGAUCUGUGACCAUCUUUAUCGCUGCAAGGCCCAAAGGACCAUGGAGAUUCUUGAGACCAAGUAUCACACAGUGGAUGUGAUUUUCCUCCAAGAGGUGGCCAGCAACUUCUAUGACUUUUUCCAGCGUUCCUCCUUAGCCACCAGCUUCCACUGCGUGUUGCCCUCUGGCAUGGAUGGCAAGCGCGAUCAGAACUCGCUGCUACUGCUGUCCAAGAGAUUUUUUAAUGACUCGAUCGAGGACGUGACGGCAAUCAUUGAGGAAUCUAUGGAGGAUGGUGUGCGUUUGGUUAGCAGCGACCUUGUUGCAGUAGCUGUUUCCAGCCGAGACCAGAGGUCAUACCUGCUGGCCUCCUUCCACGGUGAUACUGCGGGAGCCUUAACCCUACCGCUACUGCGUGCACUCUUCAGCUGUGCAGCCAAGAGAUUUCCCAGGCACGUUUUGAUCUUGGGCUUGGAUGCCAACAGCUAUGAACCACCCAAAGCAGAGCAACUGCCCUUCACUAACCUGAUUGAAGCUCGGCAAACGUGA